UUGCAUUAUCUGUGGGGCGUCGACGGCGGAGAUGAAACUCCGAGCUUUCCGAUUGGCUGGCGCCUCUCUAUUCCCUUGUUUAACAACAUUGUGUUAUACAAGCUAUGCGAAACGACUAGAGGAGUGUCGUUCGGGAACUGUUCAACGGGGCAAUAAAAUAGGCACCUAAAGGGCGAUAAAACAAGACGAUUAUCUCAAAAAUACAUCCAAGGUGAUCCCGUAUCUCGAUAUCCAGUGCUUCUCCGGUAUUUCCGCUGUUAGGGUGAUGUCAAUAGCCUAUCUCGCCCACCUGACAAGGUGCAGUGGGCUCCAUGUUGGACGCAACGGCCUUCCCCAAAUGGCCUUAGUGCCCCUCGCGUUGAAGCAGGACAUCGCCCUUCACUCGACCGUCCCCAGGAGGCAGAUCCACACACCUUCAGAAAAGCGCCGCAGCGGCACACGCUUCGACGCCGACAGCAGCGGCCGCCCCACCACCUGGGACUCGUUUGGCAUCUGGGACAAUCGUAUCGACGAGCCCAUCCUGCUGCCGUCCAGCAUCCGCUACGGCAAGCCCAUUCCCAAGGUCAGCCUGUCCAAGGUGGGCUGCGCCUCGCUCAUCGGACAGCGCAAGGAGAAUGAGGACCGCUUCCAGCUCUCCCAAAUGACCGACAACAUCAUCUACUUUGCCGUGUUUGACGGGCACGGCGGGCCAGAAGCGGCGGAUUUCUGUGACAAAUACAUGGAGUCUUUUAUCAAGGAUCUUGUGGUCGACGAGGACAAUCUGGAACUGGUUUUAACCAAAGCUUUCCUAGAAGUAGACAAAGCUUUAGCCAAGCAUUUGCACCACUCUUCAAUUGCGCCCGGGGCGAACGCGGGCACCACCGCCACCGUGGCACUGCUGAGGGACGGCAUCGAGCUGGUGGUGGCCAGCGUGGGCGACAGCCGCGCCAUGCUGUGCCGCAAGGGCAAGGCCCUGAAGCUCACCGUCGACCACACACCCGAGAGGAAGGACGAGAAAGAGAGGAUCAAGAGGAGCGGAGGCUUCAUCACCUGGAACAGUUUGGGGCAGUCCAACGUCAACGGCAGGCUGGCCAUGACGCGAAGCAUCGGUGACUUUGAUUUAAAGAACAUUGGGGUCAUUGCCGAGCCAGAGACCAAGAGAAUAACGCUGAGUCCCGUGCAUGACUCCUUCCUGGCGCUGACCACCGACGGCAUCAACUUCAUCAUGAACAGCCAGGAGAUCUGCAACGUCAUCAACCAGUGUCACGACCCGAAGGAGGCGGCGCAGCGCAUCUCCGAGCAGGCUCUGCAGUACGGCUCCGAGGACAACAGCACCAUCAUCGUGGUGCCUUUCGGCGCCUGGGGCAAGCACACCAGCUCGGAAACCAGCUUCUCCUUCAGCCGAAGCUUCGUGUCGAGCGGGCGCUGGGCGUAGUGGCAGCGGUAGGCGGGGGGGUGCUGAGUAGAAAGGGCGCGGUCCGCGGACCCGCUCGGAAAGUGCAAUAGUCGACAACAGCGGGUAAAAAAAUUGACGUGUAAGACAACCGCUGUGUGAGCUUGAUUCAAAAAGAAAAAAAAAUGCACUAAACGUCUCACCGGUGUUUUUCUCUCUUAUGACGUCAAUAAGCUUUUUGCUGCCAGUGGUGGAGAAGUAUUGGACUGGCUCGUGGAGUUUGGUAGUUUCAUUCCAAUACACUCAAAUUGUAAACACAGUGGAACCUCUAAAGUUGUGUUCAUACCAGUCGGGAUUUAGUUUCACCUCUAAAGUCGCACUUGCACUGGCGUAGCGGAGAGACAAAACCUUUUUUAUUUUCCCCUUUUCCACAUAAAAUUUUGAGUUUGUCAUUGGACAGCGACAAUGUGAAAUUUUUCAUUCUGGCUGAUCAGUAUAAUAUGACUUAAGCACUCAUAAGACCACAAUUACAAUUUUAAUGUAACGUAUAAGUACGGUUUUCCAGAAAUAUUCAUUUAAAUGUCACAUUGUCAAAUCAAAAGGAUUC